UCUUUCCUUUUCAGUGUUCUUCCUGUUUUCUGUGUCAAAAAAUGGGAACUUAUUUCUCCAUUUGAAUUUUAGUUUCUGCAAACAUGCAUGUAUGUUUUGCUCUAUCAUAUCUUGCAUGACUUCUCCAAUAUUAUACUUUGUUAAAUACUAUAUGUUUCGAUUAUACAGUAUUCAUUUUUCCUUUUUUUAAAAUAAAAAAUAUUACCAAUUCAUUUCGCUUUCAAUGACAUGAAUUAUGUUAGCUACCGAAGUACUGAGAAAGGAGAUAGGACUGUUCACAGUCAUGCAAUUGUUCAUUGAAUCUGUGGUAGAAUACAUUUGAAAAUAUGCCUGGAAAAGUUAAAGUACGAAUUGUAGCAGGAAGGAACCUUCCUGUUAUGGAUAGAGCAAGUGAUACAUGCGAUGCAUUUGUAGAGAUUAAAUUGAGCAACACAACCUAUAAAACAGAAGUUUUUAGGCACUCUCUUAAUCCUGAAUGGAAUUCUGAAUGGUUUCGAUUUGAGGUUGAUGAUGAGGAAUUACAAGAUGAACCAUUACAGAUAAGAGUAAUGGAUUAUGAUACAUAUAGUGCUAAUGAUGCUAUAGGAAAAGUUUACAUUGAUUUAAAUCCUUUACUAUGCAAAGAAUCAGGGUCUUUACUCUCUGGCUGGUUUCCUAUUUAUGAUACAAUGCAUGGUAUUCGGGGAGAAAUAAAUGUGAUGGUUCGUGUUCAUUUAUUUAGCGAUUCAAAUAAAUAUCGAGAAUCAUCAUGUGGGGUGCAAUUUUUUUACAGCAGUAGCAUUCCUUGGGGCUUCAAAGCAAAAGCCAUUCUUGGUUUUGUUGAAGAACUUGUUGUUAAUGAUGAUCCUGAAUACCAGUGGAUAGAUAAGAUUCGCACACCCAGAGCUUCUAACGAAGCUAGACAAACUCUGUUUUCUAAGUUGUCAGGUGAAGUUCAAAGAAAAAUAGGAUUGAAAGCCUUAGAACUAGGAGGCAAUGCUGUUAUAGGUUAUCAUCAAUGCUUUGACUUGGAAGGAGAGUCUGGAAUUGUUGUUCGAGGGAUUGGGACAGCUGUGAUAUUAACAGAAAAUGUAGUAUCAACUUCUCAAACUGAAGCUUUGAGAGAGCAUUCACCUUCCAGAGUAGCCUUACGUAGAGUGUCGUCUAGUACUUCUGUAGCCUCUGUGCAAGGCUGUGAUCCUCGAAGCUCUCGCUUAUUCCCCCUUCUUGGCCCUGCUCAAGUUCGCUCACGUUCUCCAUCUCCUAUCAAAAUUGGAUUAUCUCCGGGCCCCUUUAAGAUAGUUCGUUCAAAUUCUUCUGUCUCGCCGAAGAAAAUGGCUAAAGCCAGAUCUGAACUUUUUUCUCCUGUUUAUGAAUCUGAGUGUGCCGUUUGUAAAGACACCUCUCAGCCAAAAGAAAAGGCACACCAAUCUUUGCGCUGCAGCAUUCCUGCUCAACUGAAGCGAUUUGCUUCUUUCAAGUCUAGUCACAUUAGUAUGUCUCAACUGAAGCGAAUUUGCUCUGAUCCCCUCUACCCCAGGUCCCCAGUGUUAGAAGAACAGAUUGCAAGUUCUGCCCCAGGUCCCAGUUCUCCUACUGAGAAAAUUUGCCAUUCUCCAGCAAAAGGAGCUAUUUCUGCGGCACACAGAAGGUCUUCAGACUCUGAUCUAAGCACAACUCCGAAAGGAGGAAGUUUUGGUGAUAAUGGUGGUGGAUUAAGAUCUUUUCAAAGGCCUGCUGUUGCACAAGAAAGUCUGAGCAUGCUGGAAUAUCCCUUCAUUACUAUGCGUCAAUUUCCAGUUGGAUUCAUUCAACAUAUAGGAGGGGUAGUAUCAGCCCGUUCAGUCAAACUUCUUGUUCAGAUAAAUAAUCCAGAUGAACCUGAAACAAGAGAUGCCUGGUGGACAGAACUGAGGAAAGAAAUUCGUUCUCAUAUUCGAGCUCUGGGGUGCAAUGUUGUUCUUGGAUACAUGGAAACAACAAAUAUUAGUGAUGAUAUCUGUGUACUAUCAGCAUCUGGAACUGCUGCUGUUUUAAGUACAACUGAUCAUGAAGCUGCACAUUUGAGCACACCUCCAGUCCUUUCAACCAGUCUUCAACCUCGUCCUAGUGUGGUUACAACAAAUGUAGCAUCUGAGCAUGAAAAACUUAAAGAAGUCCCCAAAGAGAAAGAAAAACCAUUGAGAAUUGAUGUCAACUUAGCUAAUCAAAUGAAACAUACUCAUUCCCAUGAAUGUGUAGAUGAUUCAAACAAGCAGCUGGGGUGUAAAAUCUGUCACAUUCCCUAUUCUGAAUCCAGCAUACCAUUUCCUACAAAUUUAGUUCGAUGCAAUGUGUGUAGAAAGGGUAAGGUGCCUGAUAUCUUAUUUAUGACUAUUGAACCACCUUCAAAUGUGCUAGUAAAUGGCAAAAGUUGCUUGUUACAAGCAAGAGUUUGUAAAAGUAAAAGAGACUGCAAAGGUGAACAAAAUGCCAAAGAAAUAAGUGAUAGUUUACCUUUCCUGGAAUAUGAAUUGCAUCGUCAACUACUCAAUAAGUUAAAAGUUAAAUGUAUGAAUGCUAUCUUUGGUCUCAAAGUUCAGGUUUCUGUUGGUGACAAAUUAAUCAUUGGAAUAGCAACUGGAACUGGUGCAUAUUUGUCAGCAUUGCCACCUCCAAGUAUUCCAAAACUAGCAUGUGGAAAGGUAGCAGAUGAUAAGAGAAUGUCAGAAGUUCAGAAGCAGAUCCAAGAUGAAAUGGCUAGAAAUAAAGAAUAUUUUGGAAUAAGAUUGCCAUCAAUGGAUAAUCCCUCUGAAUCGUCUAUGACUAGCAGAAACGAAGAUGGAAAUAGCAGUGGAGAUGAAGAUUUACCCGAUCUUGACCUUUCUGCUGGCAAUAAAGAUGCUUGUAUUUUAGAGGUAGACGAUGCAGAUGAUGUUGAUAUAAUUGCCCAAUUAAUAGAUCCUAAAGUUCCUCCCGGCUUUGAUUUAUGCAAUACUGAAACAUUGCCUGGAUUGGAUAAUUUUGCUUGUAAUUUACAAAUGUUUACACGUAUCUACCGCACCAAAUUUUCUAGUCCUCCCAAUGGAACCCAAGUAUCAAAGACUUUUGAGGCUGUUAUAAAAAGCUUAUUUGUCAAAUUAAGAAGAUUGGUACCAUGUUGUUUGACAAAUCUAAGUUUUCAAGUGGACCUUGUUGAACAAGAUGAAUUACAGGUUACAGUUCUUGGAAUAGCUGUUGGGCUCGGGGAAUCUAAUUUGCCAUCAUCCUCUAAUAUUUCAGGAUGCAAACAAAAGAAAAAUAGCACUGAUUCCGAGUUAAUGUUUCAUAUGGAUGAUGAUAAGACUUCUGAAUUAUCAUGCUCAUCAGGUCGAACUAGAAGAUUGUCUCUUCAGUCUAAUGAUAGAAGUUACUGUUACCAUUUGUCUUUAGGUGAACACAAUGGAGUUGACAUAACUCCACUCAGCUACAUUCCUGGAAAGAAAAUUGAGCAGUACCUUGGGGAUUUAGAUUUCUUUUUUAUACGAGAGAGUAGCAGUAUUAGAGAAAGUGGUGGUUUAAAUGGAUUUAUACAAAGCUUUGUCGCUGAAACACUGGCUAUAGUGAGGGCUCAUGUUUCUGCUCUUGGAGGUAAUGCCAUGGUUGGUUUUCAUAUGACCCAAUGUAUUUUACUGCACAACCCACACAAAAAUCAGGGCCAGUGCUUAGUAAAUGUUGCUGGUGAUGCUGUUUUUGUUCAAGUGCCUCCAGCAGCACAGUCUGUUGAUACAGAAGAAGGAAAAGUUGCACAUUUUGAAGUACAAGAUUCAUAUGGACCAUGAAAUAAUCUUUGUGUUCAUCUCUAUGAAACAAAUAAUACACACAUUUUCUCCCUUCUAAUCAUUAUUUAUAUGUACAAUUUUCUCCAAAAAUGGAACUAUGGAAACAGUUUAAAGGCCUUGCUAGAUAUAUUAAGCUUACAGAAAAAGAUUAAAAUAUGUAAAUAAUGUAUAUAUGUUAGGUUUAGAAUAAUUCAAAUUGUGAUAUUAGUAUUUUUAUUCAAUUUUUUUAAAUGAAUAAUUUUACUUAUCAAAUGCAAGUCUUUAAAGCAUUUUAUGAAAACAUGUGUAUCAUUUUUAAUUACAACUACUUCAUUCAGAAUAUAAAUUAAAGAUUAUUUUAAAAAAUACGUCAAUGUUUUUUUAUGAUUUUGUUAGCAAGAUACUUUAAAAAAUAAGAUAUUUACUAACCCAAACAUUAGAUCAAUAACCUGUUUAUGAUUAUUUAUAUUAACUUUUAGAAGUUUUUAAUUGAUUAGAACAAACGUAUGUCAAUCUUAUCAGAGAUUAAAGAAUUCUAGGAAUCGAAAUCUCCAUAAAUGUAUGUAAAAUACUUUUAAAAAAUAUGCAGCUAUGUUUGUGUGCCUGAUCAUUAAAUCAAUGAACACAUAAAUGUUUAUAAUCAAAUCUAAAUGUGUUGUGAAAGAAAUUUUUACUAGUAUUAUUUUGUUUGCAUUUAUUUCAUUUUUAAAACUAUUUAUUAUGAGCUUAAAUGCUAAAUCUUUUUUUUUUUAUAUCAACUAUAGCUAUUUCAUUAAAGUAAAUUCUUUAUUUUCUAUCCAGAAAGAUAUCAGGGCAUUUCUUUUCACUCUUAUAUUAAUUUUAAUAAUAAUAAAAUUAGAUUUUACACAUACUGAUAUCAACUCAGAUUUCAUAAAAUUGUAUAUAAUGUAUAUUUUUUAGUACAUUUUGUCUUAAUAGAGCAAUUUCUUCCACUACUUAUCAAGGUUAUUUUAUUAUACAAGAAAUAGAGAGAGCGAAAGGUAAUAUUUCUCUCUAUAUUAAUGAAGAAAAUGACAUAUGUUAAAUAACAUUUAGUUUAUGAGUAUGAAACAUGGAUGCUUGUUAAUGUUCUGGAUCAUAUUCUUGACAGUUUAUGUCAAGAAUAUGAAACUAAUUAAGUAUAUACAUUUUAACUGUAAAUAGAUGGUAUAAAAUAUAUUCAUAUAGUAAAUUCAAUCAAUGAUGAUAUUUUUAAAACUAUUCAUAUAUAGAAUAAAGUUUCUAAACUUAUACUGAAUAAAAAGCCUUUAAAUCUAGUCAUUAUUUUUAAAUAGUAUUAGUAUCACGACUUUCCACCGUAUUUACUAUUUU